AUGUCCGCCGCUGAGGCAAACGCGUUUAUCCAAGAGGUCUGGGGCUUGCAGGGUGCUGCCUACCUCGUGGUCGGAUUACGAUAUUACAGCCGAGCCUCCACGCUGGGGUGGAGGAAACUUGCUUGGGAUGAUGCCCUGAUGUUUUUAGCAAUCUUGGUAUAUACUGCGGAAUCCGUUGCGGCAUACUUUGUUGUGGCAUACUGGAAAGGCUUCGCCAACAACGGCAUGACAGACGACCAACGCGCAACUCUAGAUCCGGCUUCACCAGAAUGGGUCUUGCGCGUCAAUGGCUCCAAGACACACGUCAUUGGUCUUUUGCUAUACACAACUCUUUUGUGGCUUUUGAAGGCGUGCUGGGUAGUUUACUACUCUCGUCUGACUGACGGUGUUCACAAGAUGAAGCGAGUCAUUUUCUGGGCCAUGAUUAUCAUGCCCAUAACGUACGUUGCGUGCCUUUUGGUCGCGUUCAUGAAGUGCAUACCUUUCCAGAAUCAAUGGCAGAUCAACCCGUCCCCGGGAAACUCCUGCAUGCCUGCUGUUUCCAUAUUGCAAACCACCUUCGUCAUGGCCAUGAAUACAAUAACGGACUUUUAUCUGAUGGCUAUUCCACUCCCGAUGGUGUGGAAGUCACACCUUCCCUGGCGGAAGAAGACAACUCUGAUGAUCAUGUUCAGCGGCGGGUUCCUCGAGAUGGCCUUUGGUAUCCUUCGCUGCGUAUCAAUUCUCACAGUUGGCGAUACCGAUCCUGCUCAAUCAGGAUAUUGGUCCGUACGAGAGUCGUUCGUUUCCGUAGUCCUCACCAAUAUGCCCAUGGUCUACCCCCUCUUCAAGAGCGUCAUCGACAAGAGCCGCAAUGCGAGUACCAACAAAAGUGGUGGAAUUGGAGACAGCCAGGGCUACCGUCUGGGCAGUUACCCGGGCAAGCAGGGACCCCGAAGUCACCCGCUUUCCAUCCCAAACGAGACGACCUGGGGAUCGGACGAACACAUAGUCUCCAACGGUGUCGAGAAGAAUAUCGCCGGCGGCGAGGAAGCCUCGAUUGGCUCUACCGAUAAGUCCCAAGGCACCUAUUUGCCACAGGGUUCAAACAUUGCUGAAGUCGCAGCAGAGCCUGUGAAUAGUAAUCGGCAGUCGACCAGGGCAAGGCGGCAUCAACUUGAGGUUGACCCGAACAAGAUUGUCGUUACAAAGGAAUACACAAUUUCGAGGGCAGCACACGGUCCACAUGAACCCAGGAUGGGGAGAUACUGA